AUGUUACUACACUUGUUCAUGUACUUGAUGUUGGCCGGAAUCAUACUUCCUUUGAUUAGUUUGUGUUUCAGAGGCAAAGCAGGAGGAGACAGGGCGGAACAAAAGAAACGUCUAACAGAGGACGAGGAUAACCAGUGUGAUUCCGUGCACGAAACGGCCGGUAGUGAAGAUAGCAGUAGUGAAAGCAGGACGGCUGCAAGUGGCGAUCAAGGUUAUAAACCACCGACGUUCACAUUGUCCAAAGAAGACUACUACGAUAACUCUGGUGCUGCCGUCGUGCCACUUCGGAAGCCCGAACUUGCUCCUCCUUAUCCGCCAGCUCCUCCACCUCCAGCAUUUCCUAAGCCAGCAGCUGUUCGCCCAGCGGGCGGCACAAAACCAGCGGUUAUUCCCAAGCACACCCCGGCUAAACCGGCACAUGCUCAUAAGCCUGGUGUUAAGAAGUCUCCUGCUCAUCCCAAUCCUGCAGCUCCACCAAAACAUGUGCAUCAGAAACAAGCAUUAGCUCCACCUCCACCUGCCCCACGACCAGGUGUUGUUCCACCACAAGGAAUGCAAAGACCGAUGGCUCCUCCACCUCAACCAUACCCUAACCCGGCUCAACCACCAGCAGCCCCACCUCACCAACAUUUUCCUCACCCAGCACCUGCACCUCCUCCAUAUCCAUUUGCCGCUCAAGGCCAAGCAUUCCCAUAUCCGGCUGCUGCCCAGCAGCAAGCAUAUCCCGGAGCUGGUGGAUGGCCUCAGCAGCGAGGCGCUGGCGCUUAUCCUUACCCUCCUUAUUGA